GCGGGGAACUAUAUAAGGGGUGGAGGAACCUUGCAAAGUUGGAUGCUACAGUCCCGGCAUGGCUAGCAAGAAACUAAGACGAGUGGGUUUAUCACAAGAUCUGUGUGACCGACUGAGCAGACACCAGAUUGUCACUUGUCAGGACUUUUUGUGCCUUUCCCCACUGGAGCUUAUGAAGAUGACUGGCCUUAAUUAUCCAGGUGUCCAUGAACUUCUGUGUAUGGUCAGCAGGGCCUGUGCCCCACAAAUGCAAACAGCUUAUGGGAUGAAGACUCAAAGGCUUGCUGAUCUCUCGCCAGCUUUCCUCUCUACUACUCUUUCUGCUCUGGAUGAAGCCCUGCAUGGUGGUGUGCCUUGUGGCUCCCUCACAGAGAUUACAGGUCCACCAGGCUGUGGGAAAACUCAGUUUUGUAUAAUGAUGAGUGUUUUGGCUACAUUACCCACCAACAUGGGAGGACUGGAAGGAGCUGUUGUGUACAUUGAUACGGAGUCAGCGUUCAGUGCUGAAAGACUGGUUGAGAUCGCAGAAGCCCGGUUUCCCAGAUAUUUUAACACUGAAGAAAAAUUACUUUUGACGAGUAGUAAAGUUCAUCUUUAUCGGGAACUCACUUGCGAUGAAGUGCUGCAAAGGAUUGAGUCUUUGGAAGAAGAAAUUAUUUCAAAGGGAGUUAAACUUGUGAUUAUUGACUCUGUAGCUUCUGUGGUCAGAAAGGAGUUUGAUACACAACUUCAAGGCAAUCUGAAAGCAAGAAACAAGUUCUUGGCAAGAGAAGCAACUUUACUGAAGUAUUUGGCAGAGGAAUUUUCAAUUCCAGUUAUCUUGACGAAUCAAAUUACAACCCAUCUGAGCAGAGCCCUCGCUUCACAGGCAGACCUGGUGUCUCCAGCUGAUGAUUUGUCCCUGUCUGAAGGCACGUCUGGAUCCAGCUGUGUGACAGCUGCACUAGGAAACACGUGGAGUCACAGUGUGAACACCAGGCUGAUUUUUCAGUUCCUUGAUUCAGAGAGAAGACAGAUUCUCACUGCCAAGUCCCCCCUGGCUCCUUUCACCUCAUUUAUCUACGCCAUCAAGGAAGAAGGCCUGGUUCUUCAAGUUCCUCCAUUACCUUUCCCUGUUUCUAAGUCCUAG